UUGAGCCCAAGUUCAUUAUUGUCUUCUGCAUUUGUCUUUUAUUUUAUGAUAUAAGCCCAUCACUACGCUAGCAUCCAGCCAGCAUCCAUCUUACCACUUGUUGAUAUCCCAAAAUUACACCCACCGCUUGUUCUGGCUUGGUACGAUGAGGAAGAGAAAGAAGGUGAGCGGGCACUUUUCGCCCCUAUUCUAUCCUGUCAACUACAGUUUCCGUGUGACAUUCGGACUACUGGUUAGGUAUAGGCCGGGAGACUACACUCCACGGAAAUGCAACCCUGGACAGUCACCUCUUCUAGAUGGAAUCGAACCGACGUACGCUUCGGUGCGAGAGAAAGUCAUUCAGGUCUUCGCAGGUUCAUUUCUCCGGGUUAAUAAGUAUGAUGCUCGUGAUCCUGAUGCGAGGCGCUGGACUGUCAAAGCGAAUAUGAUAGCCACACCUUUGCCUCACAAUCGACUAGACGAACAUGUCAACGUCUUGGGGUUUUGUCCCAUGGAUAUCGUUAGUCCAGUUAUACGUCCCCAGGAGAAACCCAGAAUGAACUCUUUUGCAGAGAUCGAGUAUAUGCUACGCAUACUACGCAAAAAUUUCAAGGUCAUUGUUAAUUCGACCUGCGGGCUGCAUGUGGAGAUCGGAUGUUUUACCAGACUACAACACGGCCGUUGCAUCAAUAAUGGGUUCCCACUGCAGACUCUCCGCAACUUCGCUCAGCUUGUUACCCUGUUUGAAGUUGAACUCAAUGCGCUUCAUCCCGUGGACCGUGCACUGUAUGCGGAUUAUUGCCAACUUCCUAGUCAGCUCACAAAGAAGUCGCAAGACCCGGUUACCUUAUUGGACAGAUGCAAUGAUCAUACUACUUUACAUGAAACCUGGCAGCAAGGCAUAGCUAUGUCUGAUCCUUUGUUCAACGAAGCCCCGCCUGCAUAUAGCUUUUCCAAUAUGCUAGGUAACCCAGGCACGGGGAGCAAACACUGCUCUCCAGGCAUGAUUGAGUUCCGUCAACAUGCAGGCACAAUAGAUCCCGAGAAAGUUUACCACUGGGUCAAAGUUGCCGCACAGUUAGUGCGUUUUGCCCAUGAAUGUGGACUGGGAGGGCUACCUGCAUCACUGCUCCGAAAUCUCGAUGAAGAGAGGCAUUGCCCGAGCGGCCAGUUCGACACAAUAAGUUUCCUCAGAACUAUUGGUGCUAUUGAGCAGGCGGAAUACUAUCGAGAUAAGCUGAGGCAGUAUCCUCGACCACUACCACGACACUUCGACUACCAAGAGCAGACAGAUAUCAGAGCUAGGUCUGAUCUGGAUAUCGCUUACCCCGGAUGCUCAAGUCAAUAGUCACGCAGAAGAGAAGGUUACAAAGAAAAGGAUGGAAACUAGGGAAUUGAAGUCCUUCAAAGACGCUUCGCUGGCUCGUGAUCAUGGGAGGAUUAAGGGAGGCUCUUAACGAUAUGAUAUUGCAUACUAGGAACUCGAUGGUUCCAGUAUGCAUACUUUUCUAGUUAGAUUCAUUGUUUCGUGCCAAUGUUAAGUUGAUCUCCCAGCUCCGACGUCUGCACAGGCCCGUCGGAGAGCUCCGAUACUUAAGACGCCAAUGCCGGUACCGGUGGGCCAUUUGUGUCCAAAAGACAAGAACAAUAUCAUUUAGACUGAUAAGAACCAC